AUGGCGAGCAUCUGUGAAGAUGAUGAUCGAGAUUUGGAAAGACAAGUUCAGAUUAUGACCAAGUCACCCAUGAAGACAUUUGUGACCAAGGAAGGAGACACCAUCGAUUGUGUUGAAAUUGACAGGCAACCGGCACUUGACCAUCCACGGUUGAAAAACCACCAAAUACAGACAGAGCCGAGUAUGAGCUUCAAUCGCUUUCGUACUCCUUCAAAGGUUAAAUUUGUUCAGCUCGGAUGGAGAGAAUCUUGCCCUGUCGGAACAGUACCAAUUCCUCGAGUAGUUUCUUUGAGAGAUGACAUGACAGAAAAGAUCAAAUAUGGAGGUUUUGCGAGAUGUAACGUCUACAAUUUAACCAUAGCUCAUGACCAAGCCAGCUCACACAACAUGUGGAUUGAAACUGGUCCUAUGAAUCAUAUUAGUAUGAUUGUUGCAGGCUGGCAGGUUUCUCCACAACUAUAUGGUGACUCUCGUCCUCGGUUGUUUACAUAUUGGACGGGUAAUGGCCACCAUAAUGGAUGUUACAACAUGCUAUGUCCAGGUUUUGUCCAGGUACAUAGGGCAGUAACUCCCGGCUCUCCAAUCCCCGAUGCUUCCGAAUAUGGCGGACGUCAAUAUGAGUUUAAUAUCCAAAUCCAUCAGGAUCCAAGUAAAAAGAUGUGGUGGUUCACUGUUGGUGAGCCAGACAUUAUAAUUGGUUAUUGGCCGAGUGAACUAUUCUUAUAUUUACGCAAUGGUUCGCUACAUACGGCUUGGGGAGGAGUGGGUCUAGCUGGGAGAGACGGAGUUUGUCCUCCGAUGGGAAGUGGUCAUAAGCCUGAUGGCAAUUUUAGGCACGCCACGUACUUCCGACAGGUUCACUGGAUAGAUGCAACCGGCGCUCUUCAACUUCCUUCGACAAAAACAGUCGAGUGGGUGGAUAAAUCCAAUGUCUAUGGUUUGAAGAAUCAUGGCAAUGUUAGAUAUCAUAUGGGGUACAUGAUUAGUUAUGGUGGUCCGGGAGGAUAUUGCGAGGGAGGGAGGGGUAGAUAG